AUGUUAAACUUUAUAUCAAAUUUUAUGAAUGAACUAACUUCAGAUGAUAUAAUUCAAGAUAUUAUCAAAAUGACCAUAGAACAUCACAAAAUAAUAUUUUUAAUGAAGAAGAGAUCAAAUUAUACAUCUGAAGCUAAUGUCGGUAUUGAAUAUCAAGAAGUUGCACUGCUGAAUAGGUAUGAAACUCAGCUUCAUGAUGAUCCUGAAUAUUACAUUCACCACAACACAAAUUUCAUAAUAACAUAUGUCUUUUUACAUAACAUCAAUAGAAUGUUUAAAUUAAUUUUUAAUCAUGAACUAUAUCCAGAAAGAUUAAAAAGUCUAAUUCAAGAAUAUAAACAGAAAAGUGAAAUUCCAAUCAUGCAUCUCUUACAAUCAAAGAAAAAUAGCACAUAUAAUCAUACAGAUUUUAGAAUCAGAGAUGAGGUUAAUUCAAAGAACAAUUAUAAAAGGUAUUUGGUUAUUAGUCAAGCCACUGGAUAUAGAAAAUAUUCUUGUAAUCUAAAGGUUCUUGAUAGAGAUGAAAUUAAAUUGGAAGACAUAUUUAAAAGAAUAACCAGAUUAAUGAACAUAACUAUUAAUGAUAAUAAUAUAACAUCAUCUGUAUCAGAAAUAAAUGAUCAGUUUCUUUCAACAUAUAUUAAAAAUGGUCCAGAACGCACUGAAGUGCUCCAAAAGUUCGAUUUGGAUUGUUAUGAUAACAAUAAAAACUCAAGAAGGGCUCCAAAAAUGCCAAAAUUGAUCAAAAAUUUAUUCAUUGAUGUAAUGCUAGAGAAGUUAGAUGAUCUCCAAUUAAUAAUGAACAAUUUGAAUCAAGCAGCUAAUGAUCAAGAGAUGAAUGAAUCGAAUUACAAUGAUAUUGACUGGGAUAUCUUUGGAGGUGAUCAUCCAAUUGAUGAAGAUGACAAUAUAAACAGAGAGUUGAAUGAAUCUUCCCAAAAUGUGAAUUCUGAAGCUGAGGUUGAAGCUGAUGAUAAUUCGUUAGAAGAAGAAGAAGAAGAAGAAGAAGAAGAAGAAGAAGAAGAAGAAGAAGAAGAAGAAGAUGAUGAUGAUGAUGAUGAUGAAGAUCUAGAGUUUAUGAAGCAAGUUUCGUUUGAAGAAGCACCCCUUGUCUUCUAUAACUUUUUCAUGAAAAAAAUCAGACACAUCACUAAAGACCCAACAGAAGCGUUUAAAAACCUAAUUUUAGGUCUAUACACAGCAGGGGAAAUGACAAAGAGAACCAGUGAGAUCAUAUUAAGGAGUUAUCAGAACUCUUUAGAUUCUAUUACUGGUAAAGGUGUUUUUGAUAAACCUGGUUCUAAUUUCAUAGAUUGUUCAGCUAAAAGUAGAACAGAGCCAUUUUGGAAAUCAGCAGUUAAAGAUUUUAAAACCAGUGGUUUUAAUUUGGAAGAAUUAAUUACAGAAUCAAAUAAUUAUGAAGAUUCAAAUGUUAAUGAUGAAGAUAUCAACAAUUGCAAUUUAGAAGAAUUGAAUGACAUGUAUUUAAAGGAAUUUUUGAAUAAACUAAAUGGAAAUUAUGAUAAAGAACAAAGACCAAUUGAAAGAUUUUCAGAAAAUCUAAUUAACACAAUGUUACAUUUCAAUUUAAUAUAUAAAAUCCAUAUAUGUCCUUACUGCAAAAGUACAACGGACUAUAUCAACAUGGAUUUAUAUAAUGAAAAUCUUUUUAAAAAGGAAUGGACUUGCAAUUUAUGUCAAAGGUCCAUCAAUAAGAAAGGUUAUACAAAUACAGGUAUGACAUCUGAUUACUUCUUCACCAUUUCUCCAAGAUUGUAUAUCACAUUUGCGUUUCUGAACUCAAGCAUGUUUGCAAAACAAAUAAUUACAAGCCAUGAACUAAUCAAUAAAGAGAUAGAUAAUUAUGAACCAAAUCAUGAUUCACCUCAAAAACUUAUCACUUUUCAAGAAUCAAAAUUAAUACAAGAUUUGAAGCUUGUUAAAAAAGAAUAUACAACAGGAAUUUUUGACCAAGAACAUAUAAAUUCUGAUUCUUUCCAUUAUUCACCUGAAGAAGUUCAUGUUAAUUGCGUCUUGGAAUUUGACGGAAUUGCCAUUUCCAAGAAUCAAUAUUAUCCAAUCUCUUUGAGAGUUUUAGACCUCGAAGAUUCAUCAAAUAAAUUUCCUAUACGUUGUUGCAAUUUACCAUCAAUUAUAAAGAAUUCAACUUUACCAAAUGCUCAAAGUUCUUUCACAUCAUUUGUUACGCCAUUGUUAGAUGAUCUAGCACUAAGUGAUACAAAAGGUAUUUACGUUAUAAAUGGUGGUUCGAGAGAAAAAGAAAUCAAAAAAAUAUACAUUAAAUUGAUAAAUGUUAACGCUGAUAGUGCUGCAUUGGAUAAGAUAUUGUCCACAAAUGGACCUUCAAGUUGGCUGCCUUGUAAAACAUGCACCAAAUAUCGUUGUUUACAUCAUAAAGACAAUCAUAAUGAAACAAGGGAUUUGACUUCAGUUUUUAUUGAACGUGGUACGGAAAAUGUUUUGAAUGAUGAAAACUUUUUACAAGAAACAAUUAAUAACUAUAAAAUUGAUAGAAAUGAAGGAACUUGGUGUACCCGUGAAGAGCUAACAAUGCAACCACCUGUUGUAAAGGACAACCAAUUUAGACAAAUGGCAUUUGAACUUAUUUCAAGAAAUCCAAAAUUAUCAAAAGUUCUAGGCUAUAGUUCAAAAUCUAAAUAUUGGACCUUCAGUUCAGCAAUUAGUUCAAUUUCCACAGUAACAUUGAAUUUAGUUCAUGCCCUAAUUGAAAAUAUUGCACAGAAACUUUUAUGGAUGUUAUUAUCAAGAGAUCAAGGAUUGAUUGAUAUGCAAGAUCUUAACGGUCAAGCACUCAAUUAUUGUUUAGAUGGAAAUACAAGGCCAAUGUUGGAAGAUUAUAUCAAAAAGAACAAGCAAAAUUACCCAUUUGCUUUCGGAGAACCUUACGAUAUUAAUAAAUUUAGUUCAAAAGAUAAAAAUGGAGGAUUGAAGGCAGAACAAUUGAUGUCACUCUUCAUUUUAAUUACUUCAAUACUUUGUGUUGAAGGUCAUGAUGCUGGAAAUAUCAACAUUAAUAGCAAAUUGAUUGAUUUGUUUAGAUCAUUUACAGUUAUUAUGAAAAUUGCAUUUGCAAGAAAAAUCACAAAUUCAAUGUUGAAUGUACUAAAAACUAAAGUUGAAACAUUUAUUUUAACAUAUACAGAAAUGUUUAGGGACGAUCAAGGAAAUGACACUUUAAAAUCUAUGAAAAGUAUGUAUAUACAUACACUUAGUCAUUUAUAUGAUUCAGUUCAUAUGUUUGGACCUCCAAUUAUGUUUAGUGGGUAUUGUAUUGAGAGGCAGAUGAAUCAAUUAAAGUCAUCUAAUGAUUCCCGUUGUUCAAUCAUAAAAUCAACAAACAAAAAAGAAAUCCUUAUGCAAACCAUAUCUGAUAUCGUUUAUACAGUUUAUGAACAGGAAUAUGUUGGUAAAGUUGCAAAAUUAAAAGACAUUGAUUUGUUUGAUGAUCAUAGAUUAAAUGAUGACAUUAAUGAUAUUGAUAAAUUCUAUAACGAAUUUAUAAUUCCCAGAAUAGGGUUAACUGAGUCAAAAACUAGAUUUGAAAUAAUUGAAAAAGUCAAUAACUCAAAUAUUCAGAAACGUUUGUUUCAAAAAGACUCUUAUGGUCUUUUGAAUAAUUUUAAAAGACGCAAACCAAAUGAUUAUGAAAAUUUCAAAAACAUACAAAGACAGUCAUUUCAAGAUUUAAACAUUGAAGAAACAAUUGAAAUUUCUGAAAAUAAGAUUUUUGGUACCCAUGAAAAUAAGAAAAAGCCCAUUACUUCACAAUUUGAAUUGCCUGAAAUGCAAUCUGAAAUAACAAAGAUCUUGAGAAAUUUCAACUUGUCAAGAAACUACUGGGACAGCUUUUUAUCUUCAAAUUUAAACAUAAGACAUAGAGUUUCAGUCGAAAUAUUAGGAUCCAUGGACAUAAAUAAAAAUUGGGCAAUAAGCAACAUGACUGUUACUCAAAAUGAUCCUGUGGAUAUCAAUAAUCGGAUAGCUGCUUAUUUUGGUAAUUCAAAUUUCAGAAAAAAGCCAAAGAGAAAUGGAGUUGUUGCUUUCAAAUCCAAAACCAGUACUGAUGAUAAUAUACCAGAUGAAUAUGUUUUGCAAUUCGGUCAAGUUGAAAAACUCAUUCAAUUCAAGAAAAAUGGUGAAAUCGUUUUAAAAGCUGCUUUAUAA